AUGAACACAGCAACGGUCGCCAAAAACCAUGCCAACAACAAAGCAGACGGAGCCGCCUCUCUGCUAAAAUCCUGCACAUCGCUCCGCCACCUCAAACAAAUCCACGCCCACAUCGUCCGUUCAAACCUCCACGGGAACGCCUCCUUAGUCUCCACUCUCAUCUCUCUCUACGCCUCUCUCUCCUCCUCGCCUCGUUAUACCCACCUCGUCUUCACCUCUUUCCCCAACCCAAAUCUAUCCCUCUUCAACCACGCUGUCAGAGCUUUCUCUAAGAUCUCCGUGCUCUGUUCCGAGGCGGUGAGUUUGUAUUCGCAGAUGGUCUCGGUUGGGAUUAGACCCGAUAACUAUACGUACCCUUUCGUGCUUAAUUCGUGCGCUGCGAUGAGUGAUCUCUGUGGUGGGAUUGAAGUCCAUGGACGCAUUGUGAAAAUGGGUUUUGGGUUUUGUGUUCCGGUUUCGAACGCUUUGAUUGAUAUGUAUGGGAAAUGUGGGGAGGUGUUGAGGGCGCGGAAGGUGUUUGAUGAAAUGUAUGAGAGAGAUGUUGUUUCUUAUAAUGCGGUUUUGGGGGCUCAUGCGAGAGGUGGGGUGGAUAUGGAGAGUGCUUUGGUUUUGUUUGAGGGGAUGUUAGGAAAAAAUGUGAUAUCUUGGAACGCCAUGGUUGUAGGUUAUGUAAAUAGUGGGGAUCUGGUUUCGGCAAGGGCUGUGUUUGAUAGGAUGCCUGAGAGGAAUGCUGUUUCUUGGACUACAAUGUUGGUGGGGUAUACUAAAAGCGGUCUUAUGGAUAAGGCUAAGUGUCUCUUUGAAGAAAUGCCUGAGCAAGGUUUGAUUUGUUGGACGGCUAUGAUAUCAGGGUAUUCACAAAAUGGGAGGUCAAGUGAAGCGCUUUCACUUUUCCGGAGAAUGGAAAGGGCACGAGUAAAGCCAGAUGCUUUCACCAUGACAGCGGUGAUCUCUGCAUUGGCACAGUUGGGUCGUGCAGAUCUGGCGAACUGGAUUGGAACAUAUGUGGAUAGAGAAGGCAUAGAACAGAAUGAACAAGUGCUUACUGCACUAGUUGACAUGCAUGCCAAAUGUGGGAAUAUGGAAGAGGCAUGCGCCAUAUUUGAGAAGAUCCCCCAAAAAGAUGUUUUUUCUUACAGUGCAAUAAUCACAGGUCUUGCUUCAAAUGGUCAUGGGGUUAAAGCGCUGGAGAUCUUCCAGAGAAUGCUGGCAGAAGAUAUUGAACCUGAUCGGGUUACAUUUGUUGGGGUAUUCACGGCCUGUUGCCAUGCAGGACUUGUUGAAGAUGGAAUGAGGUACUGGGAAAGCAUGGUUAAAGAUUACAACAUUGAGCCUGAUGCUGAUCACUAUACUUGCAUAGUUGAUAUGCUGGGACGAGCUGGGAAACUCAAUGAGGCCUGCGAUUUGGUCAAGGGAAUGCCUAUGGGCCCACAGCCAGGAGCAUUAGGAGCCCUUCUUGCUGCAUGUAGAACAUAUGGAAAUGUAGAGAUUGCAGAAAGUGUUGCUGAGAAACUCUUCAGUUUAGAACCUGGGAAUACUGGAAAUUAUAUGCUACUUUCAAGCAUUUAUGCGUCGAAAGAACAAUGGGAUGAAGCUAGGAAAGUGCGGGAAGCAAUGAACGGGAGAAAUGCACUUAAGCUUCCUGGGUGCAGUUGGGUUGAAAUUAGCAAAGGUCAUGCAGCUCAAACGACAAACCAAACUUAG